AUGAAGCCUGCACACACCCUGAUUUUCGCUCUUCUCCUGCUGUGCACGAGGGCCGAGCCUGAGGCGGCUGAGGAGAAUCUCACCACAGAGGACAAAACCGACACUGACAUCGAGACUGAGACAGAGAAAAAGGAAAAGACAGAUGAAAUUACUGAGGAGAAAAAUGUCCUGGUGCUCCAUGAGAAGAACUUUGCAAGGGCUCUGAGUGAGAACAAAUACCUGCUCGUGGAAUUCUACACUCCAUGGUGUCGCUACUGUCAGGCCCUUGAGCCAGUUUACGCCGAAGCUGCAGCACAGCUGAAGAACGAAUCCUCUCCUGUACGACUGGCCAAGGUCGAUGCGACGGAGGAGAAGGAACUCGCGAAAGAGUUUGAGGUGAACAGCUUUCCAACACUAAAACUGUUCACAGAAGGCCGCAGACAGAAUACCACAGAAUUUACAGGAAAGCGUAAUGUAAAGGGAAUUAUCCAGUGGUUACAGCGGCGCUUGGGACCGAGCGCUACUCUUCUGAAGGACCACAGAGUUGCUCAGGAGCUGCUUGAUGCACACGAUGUGGUUGUGGUCGGAUUCUUUAAGGACUUGGAAGGAGAGAAAGCCAAAGUGUUUAAUGAUAUUGCGCUGGACUUAGUCAGUAUUAACUUUGGCAUCACAAGCAGUCCAGAGCUCUUUGAGAAGUACAAAGUAGAAAAGGAGUCAGUCGUGCUUUUCAAAAAGUUUGAUGACAAGCGGGCAGACAUGCCUCUGUCUGAGGAGGACAAGUUGGACAAGGAUGAGCUAAUCUCCUUCAUCCAGAGCAACAGCUUUGAGCUGGUUAUCGAAUUUAAUGAAGAGAAUGGAGAGAAGAUUUUUUCUAAUAAAGUCCACAACCACCUUCUUCUGUUCAUCAACACCACCAUUGAUUCCCACAACACUCUGCUCAGUGACUACAGAGCCACAGCCAGACACUUUAAAGAGAAGAUCCUGUUCAUUAAGAUAGACAUCACCACAGAUGUUUCCCAUGUGCUAAAUUAUUUUGGUCUGUCUCCGAACGAAGCGCCGGUUCUCCGUUUGAUCAACACCGACACACAGAACAAGUUCGCCAUGACUGAAACAGCCAUCAACAAGGACACACUGAAAGCUUUCUGUCAAGAUGUGCUGGAUGGCAAAAUCAAGCCUUAUCUGAAGAGUGAAGACAUUCCUGAGGACUGGGAUAAGAAUCCUGUCAAAGUCCUUGUGGGAAAGAACUUCGAACAAGUCGUCUUUGAUGAGACCAAGAACGUCUUUGUGGAAUUCUAUGCCCCUUGGUGUGGCCACUGUAAGGAACUUGCCCCUGAAUGGGAAAAGCUGGGGGAAAAGUACAAGGACCACGAAAACAUAAUCAUCGCCAAGAUGGAUGCCACAGCCAAUGACGUAGAGGAGGUGACAGUGGAGGGUUAUCCCACCCUGAAAUAUUUUCCAACAGGGAGCGAGAGGAAGGUGAUUGAUUAUAAUGGAAACAGGGACUUGGAAACGUUUGUUAAAUUCCUGGAGAGCGGUGGAGUAUUGCCACAGGAAGAAGAGGACAGUGAGGAUGAGGAUGAAGAUGAAGACCAAGUAAGCAAAGAUGAGAUCAGUUAUGUCUCAAGUGAAUCCACAGACGAAUCAGAGAAACCCUCUAAUGGAUCCAGCAGUAAAGACGAGCUCUGA